CUAUCUUUGACGCAGGGACAAUCGUGACGUAUCUGAACGGGCGAGUGGGGGUUUGUUUAUUUUCGUGGCUGCUACCUUUCUAGCGGCUGCUACCUACCUAGCUCCGGCUAGCUUCGCAUGCAGUUCCUAAUUGUCCCCAUUUACACCUGGGCAACGGAAAAAAAAACACUUUCGGGACACUCAAAACAACCGCCACGAAGUAACCGGGCCACUACGGACCAUCACUUAACGCAAGUUUUUCCAGACCUACUUUGUAUUGACUGAAACACCUCACUGGUGACAAAAAGAAACAACCAAAGAGCGAGCCUCUCCGGAGGCUGAAACCGAAGGAGCAGGAUGUCCAUUGCCAACACUCCCACAAGCAACGACGCCUGCCUCAGCAUUGUGCACAGCCUGAUGUGCCACAGACAAGGCGGGGAGAGCGAGAGCUUCGCCAAGCGAGCCAUCGAGAGCCUGGUCAAGAAGCUGAAGGAGAAGAAGGACGAGCUAGACUCCCUCAUCACGGCCAUCACGACCAACGGAGCACAUCCCAGCAAGUGUGUGACCAUUCAGCGCACUUUGGACGGCCGCCUUCAGGUCGCGGGACGUAAAGGUUUCCCCCAUGUGGUUUACGCUCGACUGUGGCGGUGGCCCGAUCUGCACAAGAACGAGUUAAAACACGUCAAAUACUGCCAGUAUGCCUUUGACCUCAAGUGCGACAAUGUUUGUGUCAAUCCGUACCACUAUGAGAGAGUGGUCUCGCCAGGCAUUGACCUAUCAGGACUGACACUUACAAGCACAGGACCACUCAUGGUAAAAGACGAGUACGACUACGACAAUCAACAAUCUCACCCCGGCGUCGACAGCCACCUGCAGACCGUUCAGCACCCUCCGUCCAGGCCGGGCCCGCCGGACACUUUCGGCAGCCCCGCCCUACUCACGCCGCCGGAAGGCAGCGGCUCGGCUUUGACCUCCGCAUUCUCUGCCAUCAGUGCGGGACCCUCAAAUCCCACCUCCAACUGGAGCAGGAACAGCGGCUUCACGCCGGCUGUGCCGCCGCAUCAAAAUGGCCACUUGCAGCACCACACGCCCAUGCCUCACACAGGACAUUACUGGUCAGUUAGCAAUGAAAUAGCAUUCCAGCCACCGAUAUCCAAUCACCCAGCUCCGGAGUACUGGUGCUCCAUCGCGUACUUUGAGAUGGACAUCCAGGUCGGCGAGACAUUCAAGGUGCCCUCCACGUGCCCGAUAGUGACGGUGGAUGGUUACGUGGACCCAUCCGGAGGCGACCGCUUCUGCCUGGGCCAGCUCAGCAAUGUCCACCGGACGGAAAACAUCGAGAGAGCCAGGCUCCACAUUGGCAAAGGCGUGCAGCUGGAGUGCAAAGGCGAAGGAGACGUUUGGGUGCGCUGCUUGAGCGACCACGCCGUUUUUGUACAGAGCUACUACCUUGACCGAGAGGCCGGGCGCGCCCCUGGGGACGCCGUGCACAAGAUCUAUCCCAGCGCUUACAUCAAGGUGUUUGACCUGCGUCAGUGCCACAGGCAGAUGCAGCAGCAGGCCGCCACGGCCCAAGCGGCGGCCGCGGCCCAGGCGGCGGCGGUGGCCGGGAAUAUACCAGGCCCAGGUUCCGUGGGCGGCAUCGCGCCCGCCAUCAGUUUGUCGGCGGCGGCGGGCAUCGGCGUGGACGACCUGCGUCGGCUUUGCAUCCUGCGCAUGAGCUUUGUCAAGGGCUGGGGGCCGGACUACCCUCGGCAAAGCAUCAAGGAGACGCCCUGCUGGAUCGAGAUCCACCUCCACCGCGCUCUGCAGCUGCUGGAUGAGGUGCUGCACACCAUGCCCAUCGCGGACCCUCAGCCUCUCGACUAAUGAUGUCGUCGCAAGACUUGGAAGGCUGCAGCCGCGCCGGGUCGGGCAGUUGGAGUAGAAGUGAGGACACUCUUGGUCGCCAGUUUAGUGUCGUGGCAGUGGAGUGCUGCGUUACACAGUAGACGCGCCGCUAUGCGUACUGACAAGUCGGGAUUUUUUGACAGAGCACUUAGUAAUGAUUGGAAGAACGCAUACGUUCUGAUACGAGAAGUGCACGUGCAUCUCAACAACUUUGAAUAUUGUGCAUUUAGUUGUGUAGUUGCGUUUGAAAAGUGAAUAAUUCACACUAUGGCUGCAACUACUAUUAUUUUUUUGUCAAUCGAUGAAUUGAAAAACAUUUUCAUUUAAAAAAAAAAAGGGCAGUAUUUUAAAUUGACAGUCAAGAAAAUUCACAAACAUGAAUAUGAUUCAGUUCCUGGUUUGGUCCAUAGCGGGUCAGAAAACGUACAUUUUUUUCCCUCAAAUUAAAAGCAGAUAUGCAGUUUGCAACUGUCUUUAUUUUUUUGAAAAUCAGUGAUGCAAGUAAACUUUUUUGAUGAUUUUUUGAGAUUCCAAAUCUGCCCUUUUUUUCCUCUUGCACAUCAGGAUUACAUCAUGACAAUAUACAACAAUACAGGGUGAAAUGUAGUAAUAUAUUUAGUUAUAUUUAUAAAUUAAGUGUUAAGGCUCAGAAACGGAUGGAUUUUUUUUUUCCCCUGACACAUCAUAGCUAUAAAUUAAAACACACGGUAAAAUCCAUAUUGUGUAAACCUUUACAGGUCAAACUUCAACAAAAAAGGAAAAUGGGAGAAGUGAAGUAUCGGACUACCAAAUCUAUCUAUUAAUGCCCCUGUACAUCCAGCAUUUGAUUCCCAAAUGGCGCCCCGUUUCCUCUGCAGGUGUUUGAUUUGCGGUCUUCUCCCCCUACCAACACCCCACCAUGAACAUUUAAUCCGACUGCUUAGCUUCAGCUGGAGUCUGCUGCUGCUGUUCCAGUCCUUCACUGGCUCUCUCCAGACACAUAUGAAUUCAUGUAAGUGGAGUUUUACUCCCCCCCCCUUUUUAAAAUAUUUUUUAAAACUUCCAACUCUAAAAGUCACAUGACAACAUUCUUGGGGGGUGAUCACACGUGUAAUGUCAUUUUGAGAAUCGCCUUUUAAAUGAGUGGCCCGUAGCACUUUAAUUCCUAGAAUUUCGGAUCCUCGGUUUAUGACGCGUGACUUUUUAAUAUUACGAAUGGCACGCAAUGAACUACUGCAGUGGAACACCAACUGACAGGCUGUGUUGCACUAUCAGGCUAAUCUCCAGAUUUAAACCCUACAGAGCGUGCGUGCGAUCUGCUCAUGAGGCGACUGAAGGGAGUAAUUGGGGCAGACAUUUUCAAAGUUGGAAACCCACCAUGGCAAUUAAAAGGGCUUUGUAGAAACUAAACUUAAAAAAAAAAAAAUUGUGGGGGAGAGACAAUAUUUUUACCCUUCCCAUGAUGCAGUUAUGAGGUUAUGAUUGCUUUAACGAUUUCACUGGGCGGCCUAAAAAAAUUGUGGCAGAAAUCACACUUACGUAGCCCCUCAUUUGUUUUUUUGUUUUUUUUUUGGGAUUGUUUUAUAUUUAUGUCCCAGAAGUAUUUUUCUUAAAAAAUAUUGUAAACAUGACUUUACUACUGUCCUUGUGAUAGAGCACCUUUCCGACUCGGGGUUACGGCGUCACCACAGGGUAAAAAAAAAUGUUUGCUGCAGAGUUAGGACUCCCUUUUCUUGCCACUCCUCAGUCUUCUCUCAGAUAAAAUGUGUCUCAUUGCAGUAAAUACAGGUGUUCCUCGGAGUUGCAGAAUCUGAUUUUGUGCAGAAAUGUUGCCAAAAUAUUGUCAAUCACGAACAUGUAGGGAUACAGCCUGUAAUGCCGUAAUGAAAGCAAAUAUUUGUAUGGGGAAAAACACUUUUUGACCUGAAAUACGGGACAAUUGAGUGGACUCGGUCGACCUGUUUCUUGCCACUUGCAAUUUAUAAAAUCAAUGCCAUCCCAAAGAGAACUGUGAGAGAAGGUACAAGCCAUAUCGAAGCCAAAAAUACAUUUUCUGUGUUAUGCUGAACCUUACUUACCAAAAUUGAUUUUUAUUGGUUUUGGAUUUUUUGCUUCGCACUCGAUAAAAGUAUCCAAAAGGGACAGCGACUGCAGUAUUUUCUACUCCUUUUUGCUACACACUGUGUGGCGGCUUAUGCUUUGCAUCUCAACUAUGUUGUGAAUUUUAAUGAUAUUCGUGUUAAUAUGUCUGAAAAUGGUUGAAUAAAAUUCAUGGGCUAAAACAGCAUUGCAUUAAGGUGGCGUUUUGUACACACAAGAGGCGCGCUUUGGACAAGAAAACGUUUAUUACCGCAAAGACAAAGUCACAAAAUUGAAGGGUGUGUGUGUGUGUGUGUGUGAACAAAAACACUAAGCUAGCCUGAGCUGAGAUCUGAAAUAUUCAGAAAAAAACGAACUACAUGUGUCUUUUUAAUAGUUUCUAUAUUCAGCAAUACGACACACUAAAUCAACGUCUUUAUAAAUAUAAAAGUCCCCCGAUCAUCCUUGUUUUUAUGCAAAAUACAACAAUACAAAUCACCCAACACGCUUGCCAAGUUGAAAAGAUAAUAUGAGGGAGAAAAAAAAACAACAACACACCAAAAGAAAGACAUGAAAAUUGUGUGGAUAUAUUAGCUACUAUACAUAAUCAAAAGAAGCCCCCCCCCCAAAAAAAGUAAUCACCAGGACAAAUAAAUAUACCUCCACUUGGCGAUAUUUACAUUUUUCUUUUCAAUCUUGGCUGAAUGGAGGAAAAAAAACAAACAGGAAAAAAAUCCUCCUGCCCAAAUGCUUGUGCUUGCAUUUGAGCGUGCUACAGAUGAGCGUACGAAGAUGGCACUUGAAAACAUCCAAAUAGAACAACAAAAAGAGCAACAGAAAUCACCAUCAUGACGAAUAAUCAAACAAAAUGUUUUUUUUAAUUACAGCGAUUUUUUUUUUUUGAUAGUUCUGUACAAUGAACCCAAAAAGAAGAUUUCUCUACCACACCCAUAAAACUACCGUUAUGAAUAAUAAAUAAUAAUCCCAUGCUGUUUCGUUCCCAUUUCCCCACCUCCCGUAACUGCAACAAAAUGUCUCUCGAUGGCGUCCAUCCAUCGGGCUUGGGGCGGGGCCGAGUUAAAGGCACUGGAGUCUUGCUGAGGGUCAUGCUGCCUGUUGUCCGUUUUUUUUUUUUUUUGUAAAUAGAGAGCUUAAGUGUUUUCUACGUGGGAAUUCUCAGCUCCUACAAAAACAUUUUUCACAAAGAGACAAGUCGUGUUGGCAGCAUAACCGUAAUAAAAAUCACAGUCUGGCAUUAAAGUCUAUUUAAAAAAAAAAAAAAAGGAUAAAA